AUGAGUGACGAUUCAAUUCCUUCGUAUAUGAAAACGAUUGUGGACUAUCUUUUGGAGGCGAAGGAAAAACUGGACAGCUUGGCUAGUGAAAAUAAAGAACUUGUUGAGCAGGUGGAUAAGCUUCGUAAGGAGAAUGCUACCCUUCGUCAGUCCCUUUCACAAGCUUUGCAAUCACAUUCCAUUAUUGAGACUGGUAAUGCUUCUACCCAGAUUUCUUCCCCACUAUUGCAUUAUGAUUCUGAUUCUCUUUCUACCUGUUGUGAAUUAAAGGAACGUUCUCGUUCGUUGGUAUUAAUUGGUGUACCUGAGUCUUUCGAUCCAGUUCCUUCGAGAAUGAUUUGCAAUGAUUUGAACUAUGUCAGAUUGCUGUUUGAUUAUCUUCAUUUGGAAUGUGCACCUAUUUCGGUUUAUCGAAUGGGUAGGCGUGCUGUUAAUCGACCUAGGCUUUUAAAGGUUGUCCUCCCGACUGCUAGGUUCAAAGAGGAAGCACUACGCCGUGCCCCUAAACUGAGGGUCUCCCAGUUUAGGGGCAUUUACAUCCGUCCCUCGCUGUCUAAAGCAGAGAGGGACAAGCUCCGCUCUUCGAGGCUAGCAUCCAGAGGGAAGCCUGAAAACAAUUCAAAGGUUCAUUCCAUAAACUUGCCUUCUUCUCCAAUGCCUGGCUCUGAUAUUUCGAACAAGUCUAUGGAUAUUAUGUCGCCAGUUGUUCCUUUAAACACUCAAUCCCUCCCGAAAAAUGCGGAUUCGUUAAUUUUUCACCUAACUGAAUCCUGUUUUGAUAUUGUGGCUCUUACAGAGACUUGGCUCAAGUCUGCUCUUGAGAACUCCACUCUCUUGGGUAUCUUGGGGCAUGAGUACAGUCUUAUCCGGUGUGAUCGGAUUCGCAAACCAGGUGGUGGUGUGGCAAUUUUAGUCAGGAGGAAAUUUUCGUAUCAAGUCAUAUUCAAGGAAUCUAUUAGCGAUUCUUAUGAGCUUUUGUGUUGCGAUAUUUCCUCGCGCUGUGAACUGUGUAGAAUCGCUGUUAUCUACAGAACUCCCGGAUGUUCACACAAAUUUACGCUGCAGCUUUUCAAGGCCUUGACUGACCUGUCCACAUGUCAGUAUCCCUUCUUAGCAAUGGGAGAUUUCAAUAUGCCGGAUGUUGACUGGACUGGCAAUGAUAAACGUAAUAUUAGUAGUCUUGCUGGUACCAUUUUGCGCUUAUGCAAUAGUUAUGGUUUACAACAGUUGGUCCUCAAUCCAACCCGCGGAAAUCAUGUCUUGGACUUGGUUUUUUGUAACAGGUUUGAAUUAGUGCAAAAUGUGAUCAUAGGUCCUCCGCUGGGAUCUAGUGAUCAUUUUUCUGUUGCGUUCAACUUUUACUUUCCUAAGUACAAGGCCUGGACGCAUGCAGUUGAAUCUAAGGAUCCUGAGGACAUGGAUAGUUACCUACGCUUAAGAAAUCGCUUCCUAAAAAAGCUUAACAAAUUCAAUUCGAGUGUUGAAAAAAAGGUCAUAUAUUCAAAUAGUAGGUCUGCUUUCUAUAAAAUGUUAUCGGUGAAGCUUAAAAAUCGUAAUGACAUCUGUACUCUCAAGGAUGGUGAGGGAAACCUUGCAUUUUCGGACCAAACUAAAGCUGAGUUUUUGGCAAAUCAUUUUGAGUCUGUGUUUUCAGUCUCAAAUGCUGUUCAUGAUCCAUCUCUUGUUUCCUCAGUGCCUUUAUUCCCUGCUAUGGAUCAAUGCUUUUGGAUCCUUGAGGACGAUAUCUUAAAAUGCAUCCAGAAAUGGCCUAGCUUG